UUGCUCCUACCGGCGGAACACGGUCCGCAUGCGCGUGGCCCAACCGGUCCUUUGAGCUGGGAUCUGUCUGCAAUGGCUGCGAUUGGAGUUCACUUCGGAUAUACAUGCGCUUGUGUGGCGAUAUUUAAGGAUGGGCGGGCUGAUGUGGUGGCUAAUGAUGCAGGAGACAGAGUGACUCCAGCUGUUGUGGCCUACAGAGACACUGAGCAGAUUGUAGGUAUUGCAGCAAAGCAAGGACGGGUCCGCAACGCCGCCAACACAGUUGUUAAAGUGAAACAAGUGCUGGGGAGAAGCUUUGGUGAUCCAGAGACACAAAUUCACAAAACAGAGACCAAGUGCCAGGUGGUCAACAGAGGAGACAAGCCUUAUUAUGAGAUCACAGCAGGAGAUCACCCAGAGUACGUUGCUCCAGAGGACGUUGCAAAACUCAUCUUCCACAAAAUGAAAGAAACGGCUCAGUCAGCUUUGGGCUCUGAUGUCACCGACGCAGUCAUUACUGUCCCGUUUGAGUUUGCACAUGCUCAGAAACGUGCUCUGAAGCAGGCAGCUGAAGCUGCAGGGUUUCAUGUGCUGAGGCUGAUCCACGAGCCUGCUGCUGCUCUGUUGGCCUAUAACAUCGGACAGGACUGUUCUUCUGGAAAGAGCCAUGUCCUGGUGUAUAAGCUGGGUGGGACUUCCCUGAGUGUGACGGUGCUGCAGGUCAAUGGAGGAAUGUUCCGGGUUCUCAACACCCACACUGACCACAGCAUCGGAGGAGAGAGCUUCACACAGGCCUUGGCCCAGCACCUCGCCGCUGAGUUCAAGCGCACCUUUAAGCAUGAUAUAAGCAGCAAUGCUCGGGCGAUGAUGAAGCUGAUGAACGGAGCAGACAUGGCCAAACACUCUCUGUCCUCACUGGGAUCAGCCAACUGCUUUGUUGACUCCCUGCACGAUGGCAUUGACUUUGAGUGCAAUGUCUCUAGAGCACGAUUUGAGCUUCUCUGCUCCUCAAUCUUCAACAAGAGCAUCCAGCCAAUCAGACCCCUGCUGGAGGAGGCGGGACUCUCCACCAGCGACAUUAACAAGGUGGUUCUUUGCGGUGGCUCAGCCAGGAUCCCUCGUCUCCAGCAGUUGAUCCGCGAGAUGUUUGGUGAUGUGGAGCUUCUCAGCUCAGCACCUACUGACGAGGUCAUUGCUGUGGGAGCUGCCCUGGAAGCAGGCCUACUGGUUGGAAGAGAGGGCCUUGGCCCCGAGGAAGAGUCUGUCACAGUGGAUGUUUCUGCCGCUGACAUACUAGUGAAGGAGAUGGAUGAAUCCGGAGCUGAGGUGUUCACUGUUCUCCUUCCGUCGGGCACGCCCCUCCCUGCUCGGAGACACCACAUCAUGAGCGCAGAGGGGAAGCUAUCCUCGCUCUGUGUGGAGAUUUACCAGAGGUUUGUCGCGGAGCAGCCAGAAAAGCUAGCUAAGAUUGUCCUGAGAGACCUGCAGCCGAGAGAGGAGAACCACGACAUCGACACUGUGGUGACUAUGAAAAGGGACGGCUCUGUUCAUGUUUCCUGUGUGGAACAGAGUACUGGAAGGCCGGAGGCCAUCACCAUAGCAGCUGCAUCAUGAAGCCACUGAUCCGCAGUCCAAACCCCACACUGUCAGUGCAAUGUUUUCUUUUUGUUCCUUUUUUUUUUUUUUUCUCAAACCCGAACUAUUUGCCCAGAUUCAUUACCUUCUAGAAUUCUAUACAAUAAAGGAAUAUUGCAGACUUUCA